AUGCCGCUUAAACGCACACCGCCGAAAGGGGCUCACUCUGACGCAGGGGACGCAUUUGACAAGACUUUGAGUAUUGAGUCGCUUCCGGCCUCGGGCUCGGCUCCUGAUUUGAGUACAAUAGGACAAGAUAAUAUACGGAAACGAAAACAUGACGAUAUAUCAUGCAUAAAAAGUUUUAUGGAAGAGAUCCGCAAUAUGCUUGACAAAUCAGCGGAGCAGAAUAAUAAGAAAUUCCUCUCAAUUGAAUCUAAAAUGACUGAAAUCAUUAGCCAAAAUAAUAAUAUUGUGACAUCGAUCGAAUUCGUCUCUAAAAAAUAUGAUGAACUCCAAUCUCAAAUGCAGGAGGCCGCGAAUGAGAGAAAAACUGACCGCUUGUAUAUCAGGCAACUGGAGUCAAGGAUUGAGACUCUGGAGCGCACUCUUUAUUCGACAAGGUUGGAGCUGAAAAAUGUUCCUAAGAAAGAGAACGAAGUUAAGGACGAUUUAUGCGAUGUCAUAAUAAAAACGGGAAGUGUUUUGGGCGUUCAGGUUCAGCAGCAGGAGAUAAAAGAAGUUUUUCGCACCAGAAGCAAGUCAGAUAAGCCAGGCACAGUGGUGGUGGAUUUUGUUAGUGCUGUAAAGAGAGACAAAAUUAUAAAAAAAACUCGCGAAUAUAAUCGCAAAAACAGCUCAAACAAAUUCAAUACUAAACUUCUCUCAUUUGAUGGACCUGAGAAACCGAUUUUCAUUUCUGAAAGCCUGUCGCCGAGAGGACAUCAGCUGUUUCGUCUGGCUCGUGACUUUGCUGCUGAAAAUUCUUAUAAAUUUUGCUGGAUAUCAUACGGGAAAAUUUACCUUCGACGGGAUUCGAAUGAACGGUUUAUACUUGUGGACUCCGAGGAUGCUCUUUCUAAAUUACGUCUAGAAAAGUGA